CCCUGCCAUCAGUUCAAAAAGAAGGUAACCAAACGAAAGAGCAGGCAAGCGGAACACGAGAGCAUGCCCCCGGCCACUCUUCCCUCCCGGCUGUGCCUCUCGACUUUCCUGCCUGCCAUUGCUGUGGCACAACUGUUCCUGCGACCCGGGGUGAACGGCCUGACCUUGAGCUUUCCUGCUGCGUGUUCGUCCGGAGCUCGAUCUGCUACGGCGGGCGGACCUGUGAUGGCCUCGUCAUCGUCUUCUGCUGCUGCUGCUGCCCAGGACAAGGUCGCGAUGCCCUUUCCGACUGGAAGCAAGCCCGUCAAGGAGAUAGAAAGCCCUCGGCCGAAGCUCUGGAUCUACGACCAUUGCCCUUAUUGUGUUCGGCCACGCAUGGUUUUCGGGCUCAAAGGGAUCACGCACGACCUGGCGUACCUGUCGAACGACGACAUCGAGACGCCAACCGCCAUGGUCGGCAAGAAAAUGGUCCCGAUUCUCGAGCUCGGCCGCCCUGGGUCCGACGAUCACGAGAUCAUGGCCGAGAGCAUGGACAUCGUCAAGCGGCUGGACUUGGACCCCCAGUUCGGGCCUCCCGUGCUGGCCCCCGCCGUCGACCGCAAAGACCUGGACAGUUGGGUUUCCUCUGCAGGCAUGCUGAUGCGCCGCCUCGUUCGCCCGAGAAACGCCGUCACGCCUCUCGCGGAGUUCCAGACUCGAUCGGCGAGAGAGGCGUUUGUCCGCAACCACCCAUUGCCGGAGCCCAGCAGCUACGAGGCCAACCUCAAGGCGUCGCCCAAGCUGAUCGAGGAGCUGGAGCGCGAGCUGUGGAAGCUUGAGGGCAUGAUCCACAGUCCCACCAGCGUGGCGGCGGACGGGAAGCUGUCUUACAACGACAUAGAGUUCUUCCCGCGCAUGCGUGGCCUCACGAUCGUGCAAGGCUUGGGCAUCCCACCGAAGCUGCGAGCGUACCUCGACGCCGUCUCGGAGCGCGUGGACGUCCCGCUGUAUGACAAGAUAGCUUCAUGAAGAAGAUUCGGGGCAUGAGCACGGCGUUGUGAGAAGUAGGUGGCGUUUCGUGGAGCAAGAGCACUCCCUCGCUCGCUCUGGCGUUUUUUUUGGGCCAUAGGCGGCGGUGGGACAAUCACACGACGGUGCGGUAGCUUCACGGCUUCCCGUUUGGUGCUGCUUGUCUUCUCGCGGAGAGAGACCCCGCAAAAUGAAGGCUUCGCGACGGGAUCGGGGGAGGUGGGGGCAGCACACAUCUUGCAAUAUUCAAGCAAUUUCCGUGGGGGAGGGCAGGGGUAGCACGUAAGCUCUUCGGGAGAGGAAGAGUUUGGCCUCGGCUGUUCGCCCAUGUCGAGGAAACACCCGAUACAAGUAGCGCGUGCUUGCUGAGGGCGGUGUUGGUGGUGCCGGCGGUGGCCGGGGAGCGACGCGCGUAGAGCAGGGGUAGCGCGCGGCACCAUCUGCGGAGGGUGAAAGAGAGGGGGGCGACGUGGUUUCCGCAGGUGGUAUAUCUGCCUGCGGCUGGUCACCUUCGACGUCCGUCCAGGCCAGCCGUAAAACAAGCAGGUCGCGUAUUUUUGAGGGAAAGUCAGUCGGAGUACGCAAGACACGCAGACGAUGUGAUGGAUUGUUGGAUUGUUGUUUUCUCCCGAUGUUUGUCCGUCUCUCACGCACACUGGGAGAGUAUGGACCUCUUGUGUAGGUUUGCGCAUCAUUGGCGUUGCGGGCAUUUGAGUUUGGUAGUCAGCGCGCUGCUCAUACGGCAAGGAGGCGUAGGCCAGCCGUUGUCGUGGAAAUCAUAAACAUGACGCCUGCUGUCGAUUUCCGGAGGCGUGUUUCAGUCGGCGGUUUCGGCCUACCGUCGGGGCAAGGCUGUUUUUUUCCCGAGUACAACUGUGUACAGCAGUAUUGCGUAGAUUUGGUAGAUUCCGUGGAAAUACGAACGAGGAUCCGACGCACUAUGAUUCAAGUACAAAUAUAUGUUGGCCUUUGAACCGUUGUAUUCCUUGCGGCGCCAUAGCAGUGCUGUGUGAAUGCGGACAAAUGUCAGGUCCACAAUACAUUGCAGCGGUGUAUAUAUUUUUUUUUCUCGCGGACAUCGUGGUCGAAGGGAAUGCCGUUUCACGCCUGAACCUUUUUCCACUAAAAAACAGCGUUCAUUGCCGCACCUUUGCGCUGUACAGCCAAGCCGAACUUACUUUGGCCUAG